AGUGCAGUGGAGUGGAGCGGACUGGAAUGGAGCGGAGUGCUGAGAAUAUGAUUGUAGAGCCAGUUUGGUCGGAGAUGGACAAUGGCUCUUUCCCGAGGUCUGAGAUGCUGUGCCCGGGUGUUUUCCUGGAUACCAGUCCUCAUAAUCACCUCCGUGGUGCUGUGGUCCUACUACGCCUAUGUGUUUGAGCUAUGUGUAUUCACUAUCAGCAACACAUUGGAGAAGGUGGCCUACCUACUGGUGUUCCAUGUGUGUUUUGUGAUGUUCUCCUGGACCUAUUGGAAGGCCAUCUUCACUCCUCCUGCCACACCCUGCAAGAAGUUCCAGCUGUCGUACUCCGACAAGGACCGUUAUGAGAGGGAGGAGAGGCCUGAUGCUCAGAAACAGAUUCUGGUGGACAUCGCUAAGAGUCUCCCCAUCUUCACUAGAGCUACGUCUGGAGCUAUCAGGUUCUGUGACCGGUGCCAGGUGCUGAAGCCUGACCGCAGUCACCAUUGCUCUGUAUGUGAAACGUGUGUUCUGAAGAUGGAUCAUCACUGUCCGUGGGUGAAUAACUGUGUGGGGUUCUCCAACUACAAGUUCUUCCUCCUCUUCCUAUCCUACUCUAUGGUCUACUGUGUGUUCAUCUCUGCCUCAGUCUUCAGAUUCUUCAUCAACUUCUGGGUGGGGGACCUGCCAAAUGGACCCGCUAAGUUCCACGUUCUCUUCCUGAUGUUUGUGGCUUUGAUGUUCUUGGUCAGUCUCAUGUUCCUGUUGGGUUACCACUGCUGGCUGGUCGUCCAGAACCGGUCCACACUAGAGGCGUUCUCUGCUCCAGUCUUCACGACAGGACCAGACCGUAAUGGUUUCAAUGUGGGGAUCAGGAGGAACCUGCAGCAGGUGUUUGGAGACAAUAAGAGACUCUGGUUCCUGCCUAUCUGCACCAGAGAUACCCUCCUGAAGGUUUAUACUCCAACCCUGUUCCUGGAGAGAGACCCUCCUGAAGGUUUAUACUCCAACCCUGUUCUUAGAGAUACCCUCCUGAAGGUUUACACUCCAACCCUGUUCCUGGAGAGAGAUCCUCCUGGAGGUUUACACUCCAACCCUGUUCCUGGAGAGAGACCCUCCUGGAGGUUUACACUCCAACCCUGUUCCUGGAGAGAAACCCUCCUGGAGGUUUAUACUCCAACCCUGUUCCUGGAGAGAGACCCUCCUGUAGGUUUACACUCCAACCCUGUUCCUGGAGAGAGACCCUCCUGUAGGUUUACACUCCAACCCUGUUCCUGGAGAGAGACCCUCCUGGAGGUUUUAACUCCAACCCUGUUCCUGGAGAGCUACCCUCCUGUAGGUUUACACUCCAACCCUGUUCCUGGAGAGAGACCCUCCUGUAGGUUUACACUCCAACCCUGUUCCUGGAGAGAGACCCUCCUGGAGGUUUAUACUCCAACCCUGUUCCUGGAGAAAUACCCUCCUGUAGGUUUUAACUCCAACCCUGUUCCUGGAGAGCUACCCUCCACAAGGGUAUGUGCUCUGCCCCCUCCUGUACUCCUUGUUCACCCAUGACUGCGUGGCCACGCACGCCUCCAACUCAAUCAUCAAGUUUGUAGAUGACACAACAGUAGUAGACUUGAUUACCAACAACGACGAAACGGCCUACAGGGAGGAGGUGAGGGAGCACGCCUCUAUCCACAUCGACAGAACCGCAGUGGAGAAGGUGGAAAGCUUGAAGUUCCUCGACAAACACAUCACUAACAACCUCUAAUGGUCCACCCACACAGACAGUGUGGUGAUGAAGGCUCAACAGCGCCUCUUCAACCUCAGGAGGUUGAAGAAAUGUGGCUUGUCUCCUAAGACCCUCACAAACUUUUACAGAUGUACAAUUACAUCCUGGCAACCGCAGGGUUCUCCAGAGGGUGGUACGGUCUGCCCCCGGUGAUGCGUUGGGAAAACUACCUGCCCUCCAGGACACCUUCAGCACCCGAUGUCACAGGAAGGCCAAAAAGAUCAUCAAGGACAACAACCACCCCGAGCCACUGCCUGUUCACCCCGCUAUCGUCCAGAAGAGUGGCAAGAAGAAAGCAAUUUCUUAAAGAUAUCCAUAAAAAGUGGAGUUUAAAGUUUGCCACAAGCCACCUGGGAGACACACCAAACAUGUGGAAGAAGGUGCUCUGGUCAGAUGAAACCAAAAUUGAACUUUUUGGCAACAAUGCAAAACGUUAUGUUUGGCGUAAAAGCAACACAGCUCAUCACCCUGAACACACCAUCCCCACUGUCAAACAUGGUGGUGGCAGCAUCAUGGUUUGGGCCUGCUUUUCUUCAGCAGGGACAGGGAAGAUGGUUAAAAUUGAUGGAAAGAUGGAUGGAGCCAAAUACAGGACCAUUCUGGAAGAACCUGAUGGAGUCCACCUGAGACUGGGACGGAGAUUUGUCUUCCAACAAGACAAUGAUCCAAAACAUGGAAUGGUUCAAAAAUAAACAUAUCCAGGUGUUAGAAUGGCCAAGUCAAAGUCCAGACCUGAAUCCAAUUGAGAAUCUGUGGAAAGAACUGAAAACUGCUGUUCACAAAUGCUCUCCAUCCAACCUCACUGAGCUCGAGCUGUUUUGCAAGGAGGAAUGGGAAAAAUUUCAGUCUCUCGAUGUGCAAAACUGAUAGACAUACCCCAAGCGACUUACAGCUGUAAUCGCAGCAAAAGGUGGCGCUACGAAGUAUUAACUUAAGGGGGCUGAAUAAUUUUGCACGCCCAAUUUUUUCGUUUUUGAUUUGUUAAAAAAGUUUGAAAUAUCCAAUAAAUGUCGUUCCACUUCA